GCAAGUUCCCAAUUUUUUUUCUUGAUUACUGCUCGGUGACCCACCUUCAUUGCCCGCCCCCUUUCUCUCCACCCCAACCCUUCAACCCUUCUCCGUCCUUCUUACCUGCCCAUUCACCUGCAGUUGCAGGCCAGGUAAGUCCUCACUUCAGCAGGCCACGUCCGGGACCCGCCGCGCAUGACCAUACUUACUCGCUCGCAGACAGCAACGAUGGAUCAGAAGGCAGGCGAGACCGACGAGGCCUAUGAGGCACGGCUGGCGGCCAUCCUGGCUGACACCAAGCAACAGGCGGACGCAGCGGCAGCAGCACGGAAGAAGAAAGAAGCAGAGGCAGAGAGACUACGACUUCUGGCUGAAGAACAACGACAGAAGCACGAGGCAGCAGCAGCCAGGGCCGAUGAUGAGGAACGCGUACGGCGACGGGAGAUCAUCUUCAGGGAGGAAAGUGCAUUACACGCACAGGCCAAGGAUUGGCAGAAGGAGGCCGAGAACGGCGACCCCGUUGACGUCGGCAGCAGAGUAUCUCAGCUGCUCAACCGUGUCACGGACCUCCUCGCGACUUGCAUCGCACAGCAGGAGGACAUCUACUCCCUCGACCACGCUAACAAGGCGCUGCAACAGUCAUCGGACCGGAUGCUCAAGCGCAUUCAGCAGCUGGAGCAGCAAGUCGCUAAUGCCAAUGCCAACGUCGGCCCCUCCGACCUCGUCGACCGCGUCAACGGCUUGGAGAUCGACGUGGGGACACUCAAGGCCGGGGCGCAACAGCACGUCUGUGCUGCAGCCAGCUCCAGCACGGCGCCACGCGAGACCAUUGUCAAGUUUGACGGGCUCCCGAUCUUCUGUGACGCAUCGAAGACGGACCCCAUACAAUGGUGGCGCCAGUUCGAACUCAAGCUGGACCUCCACCAUGUCGCCAACAAGAACCGGCACGCCUAUCUGUACUCCUGCUCGGGAGGCGCGUGUCAAGCAUGGCUGGACAACAUGCUGUCCGCCCAUGCAUGUACAGUCACCGAUUUGCACAAGUACAUCACCUGGGCAGAUCUGACGGCGGCAUGGAAGAAGCGUUUCCAAGUUGAACCGCCCGAGCACAAGGCGAUGGACAAACUGUUGACGUUUUUGCAGAACAGCAUGCCAAGCGGAGACUGGAUUUCCGAGUUCCAACGCCUCGCAAGCACGCCCAAGCUGCUGCUGAACUUCGACGGCAUCAAGCUCUAUUUCAUCAAGAGGUCGUGCCCGGCGUUGCAGAAUGCGUUGACUCAUGUCGCCGACACCCUCACUACAAGUGAGGAACUCUUCAACAAGGCCGCGCAGAUCAUUGUGACGAACUUGGCAGCCCGGAAUACGGGCCCCUCGUCAAAUGCCGGCCAGGGCGCGCACCAGCAUCGGCCUAAAGUGGUCGUGGUCGCAGCGGCAACGACUAGCGACCCUUCUACUUCCAACGAGGCUGUUUCGUCUGACGAGGGAGACAGACUCGCAGCCGCCCAGAAUGGUGGCCGCCCCGCCAAAGGACGAGGACGCUGCAAGCCGAAGACCAACACCAAUACUUCUUCUGGGCCCGGGCAAGCAGCUCCAGCUCAAGGACCUUGGACAGCGCUACUCGAAGAUCGCGGCUCACUUAACCAAGCUUCAAUGCGAGGACGGCCGUUUGACUUCGGGACGGACGCGCGGGAAUCAUUCUUGGCCCUCAAGGCCGCAUUGCUUUCCGCGAAGGUAUUGCGGAUAUACGACCCACUAUUGCCAACGCGCGUCACCACGGAUGCGUCCGGCUAUGGCAUUGGUGCCGUCCUCGAGCAACAUGAUGGCGUGGAUUGGCACCCGGCCGAAUACUUCAACAUGAAAGUGCCGGCCGUGCACUCCAUCGACGAUGCACGCAAGAAGGAACUUCUCGCCUUCGUCCACACACUCAAGCGAUGGCGGCACUUCCUCCUCGGUCGACGCCAGUUCCGAUGGGUAACGGACAACAAUCCGUUGGUGUUCUACAAGUCGCAAGACACCGUCAACAACACCAUUGCCCGUUGGAUGGCCUUCAUCGACCAGUUCGACUUCUUUCCCGACCACAUUCCGGGGAAGUCGAACCGCUUUGCAGAUGCCCUUUCGCGGCGUCCGGACCACUGCACCGCGGUCUACUCAACCUUCGAGAUCGAGGACGACUUGCGGGACAGCUUCAUCCGCGGCUAUCAAGCCGACCCCGAGUUUCGCGACAAGGAAGCGAUUGCCAUGGACAUCACCGGGCCGUUCCCCAAGCACAAGACGGGCGUCGAUGGGAUUCUCACGGUGGUUGACCGCCUCACCAAGUUUGCCAUGUUCUUGCCUUGCCGUUAUCACGCCAAGGCACCGGAGUUGGCCGAGAUUCUCUAUGCCGGUUGGAUUCGAACCAAGGGUUACCCCAAGGAGAUCGUCUGCGGCCGCGACACUCAGUUCAUGUCCGAUUUUUGGUCGGCGCUCAUCAAACGAUGGGGCUCAUCCCUCAAGCCAAGUUCGGCUCGUCACCCCCAAACCGAUGGCCAAAUGGAGAGGGCACAUCAGACCGCACAGGUCCUCCUUCGAACUCUCAUCCGUCCCGACCAGAAAGAUUGGGUUGAGCAGCUGCCGGAUGUCGAGUUGGCAUACAACUCGUCCAUCCAUCCGGCUAUCGGGAUAUCGCCCUUUGAGUUCGAGCAUGGCUCGCCGGUCAACUCUCCGUUGGACACAAUCCUUCCACGGACGGCCGAGAGCGACGACCACCUCCUUUUCAUUCGUCGGAUGCAAGAGCUUCUUGUCAAGGCACGUGACCAGAUGGCAAAGACGCAGCAACGUAUGCGCCAACAGGCCAACCGUCAGCGUCUUCCUUGUCCAUUCCGCGUCGGCGACCUCGUAUGGGUUUCCGCUGCAGAAAUCAGCCUCGAACAAGACAUCUCUCGCAAGCUCCUUCCGAAAUGGGGCCCUGGCCGAUCGAGGCACCCGCUGGGGACGCACCCAAAGGACCUUCGUUCGUCAUUAAGUCCUUUUCAUCACAUUGUGGAUCCUUGGUGUACUGCGCAUUGCUCCCCCGAGCAUGCGUCACUGACGAAGCCCAUGAUCGACGAAACCAUGUUGUUGGAUGACAAGCAAAGAUUGAGAACAAUGGAAGAGCUCAACCAGGUUGGCACGAUGGCAGAAGUGGCAUAUCUGGAGAACUCAAGAGCACGAGAGGAAGCCAAAACGGAAGCGCAAAACCACGACCAGGAGAACGGAACUGACGGCAUGGUCUAUACGGAAGGAGAGGUAGAGUCAACUAAACUGGACAGUACGGCCACCUUGCUCAAAUGGAAAGCCAGGACAGAGGAAUCGAGCGAGACGGAACACAACGAGCAAGGGGAGCAGGGUAGCAAGCAAGUGCAAUCCAAAGGAACCAAGGCCACAAGCGAAUCCCAGCAGAUGCAAGGGGAUCAAGACCAAGAGAUGGAGUCAGAGAAGGGGGGGUCAGGGGCUCUCAACCCCUUCGAGGAGCCAAUGGAGGUUUCACAGCAAGCGGACAGCGGACAGGCCCCAUUAUGCGAGCAGGAAAUGGGAGAAGCAACGGGCCAGGAUGACGGAGACACAGGCAAAGGGGAGGAGUCCUUCGAAGUAGGACCAGCCAAUUCUGCCACGAAACCUAAACGAGGGAGAGAGAGGGGGGAUGGAGAGGAGGGUGAAGACUCAGAUGGGAACUCAAGUGAGGACGGUUGGGAAGAUGCAGAAGAUGAGGAGGAGGAAGAACCAGAGACGCUAGAAAGAUGGGUCAAGUGUGUGCAUGCAUUGGAAUGGGAGCGUCAGGUUGCGUGCGAGGUGCAAAAUGAGGGUUACAGCAAGCAGUUCGAGUGGCCAAAGACCUACCAACCAAAUGCAACGAAGCGGUCUGAGCACAAGCGGAAGCCGCAACAAGAAGUGCAGCAGACAGACAAGCAAGGACAAAGCCAAGCAUCAACAAGGGAAGAAAGAGGAGAUGAAGAGCUAAUGGAGGAUGCACGCAGGCAAGCAGCGAUCUUGGAGGCUCAUAUUAAUGUCCUCAAAGACCAGAAUCGGGAGUUGGGGGAAGACACCACGAAUUUAGAUAAGAUAGCUUAUGCGCCACACAAGGAAAUUGAAGCAUCGACGAAGCGAUAUGCCAGAAACUCACUCAAACGCAAGGUCAUCCUCCCAUUCAGGUGGAAUGAGGACCACAUGGAUUGGGAGGUCACAAUUCAUCAAUUGUUGGCGCUAGUUACGGUAGAGGAGGCCAACUGCUCCGGUCAGUCCCUGAAAGGAAUCAUCUCAGAGGACUUGCCAGCCCAUGCAUACGUGAUAGGCGACUGGAAGCAGGAAAAGGAAGACUACGCAGACACAGCGGGCACCACACAAGCAGCGGACUACAACACAAUCAUGUUCAGGCUGCAGGAAAUGGCGAAGUUGAGCGAGGGCCUGACAUGGAUGCCAUGGAAGGUGGUGGAGACCAUCCCCUAUGGGCUGUUAGAGGACUUGCCAGCCCAUGCAUACGUGAUAUGGGACUGGAAGCAGGAAAAGGAAGACAGUGCAGACACAGCGGGCACCGCACAAGCAGCGGACUACAAGGCAAUCAUGUUCAGGCUGCAGGAAAUGGCGAAGUUGAGUGAGGGCCUGACAUGGAUGCCAUGGCAGGUGGUGGAGACCAUCCCCUAUGGGCUGUUAGGGGGAUUGGUGGCGGCAGAAUGGGUGGCCAGAAGUGCGGCGAUCGUAGUUAAAGUCGACGUAGUUAAAGUCGACGCCUUUUCGUGGAAGCCAGAGUACAUUCAGAAGAGGAUUGCACGGGGAGCAACAAGGUUGGAUUUGUUAACACUCCCUAACGUCAAGCAGGAGCGCAGGAGAAUGACACCUCCCAAUGCAGGAUAACAAGGGAAAACGACCGGAGAAGCGUAGAAGAAUGGUGCAGUCACAGCCAAGGAAGGAUCCUGAGAUCAGAGUGGUCUCUUGGAACAUAAACGG